AAUCGCGAUGCUCAAGAUAACGUACCUCGUUCAAUUUGAUGUCUUCCAACUAAGCUUCUGUGCUGAUUUCUUGAGUGAAAACUGUUUUAUUUGCUUUCUGAAAUUAAACACUGUGGUCGCGGUGUCGGUUAGAAAGUAAUCAUGUUCAACAAGGCUUAUAAAUGUUAUGAAAUGUUCUAAUGGUUUCAGUGAGUGCUUGAGUUUUGUUUUGUUAAUCUGUUCGGAUUUGUGUGUUGAAGUGAUAUUUAUUUCUUUUAAGGUGUUAGUCGACGCAUGGCGGGGCGGCAACAUGUCGAGCGUGACGGGAACGAGCAUGUUGCGCACGCGCAGAAAAGAUGUCAACGUCAAACCGAACCGCAAGUUGGAUCGGAAGUCGUCGCGGGGCAUGCUGUACGAGAACGAAGAACUACGUCUACGCACCAUAAAUAUAAAUGCAGAAGUUGAAAGAGGUCAGUCAGACAUAAAGAAACUGAAACGUGAGAACGAACAGCUCAAACGAGAGAUAUCCGCGCUCCGCUACGAGUAUGACAGGCUCGACAGAAUUCUGCGGGAGCGGCGGUCGUCGCCCGAACAUUCGGACCAAUCCCAGGCAGAUCCUUAUGAAUCCGAAUACCCUGAUUAUCUACCCGACAAUAUCGAGCCGACAGACCAAAGCGACAGCGCGUCAGCAUGCAGCGCGUGCCCGGAGUGCGCAAGCGCAGACGGUUCUGUUCGAGCUGUUGCAUUUCAUGAUCUGAGCGUCGUGCCUGAGGAGGGGGAGCAAGAGUUCAAGAGUGGUGCUACUACACCUUGCACUUGCGAUGAGUGCCAAAAAGAAGAUGAGAACAAACGAGAUGAACAGAAAAAGCAAAAAAAUAAAAAAGAGGGAGUAAAAAGUAAAGAAACGACACAAUCAAAACCCAAUGCUCAAACGCAAUCGAAUACGAAGGAAAAUACCUCUGACAGAACAGUCGAUGUUCUUGUACAUGAUGCUCCAAAUAUUCCGAGAUAUUUCCAAUCAGUGACGUCAACACCAUUCCAUGUGGCUGAACCACCUCCUCCGGGAUUUGUAAUAGCCCCUUAUCAGCCUCCUCGCUUCCAUACAGGCGGUAACGUGGAAGAUUUAUUAGGAGAUGUCCAAUCAUCUACUGCUACAAUACAAACAACAUACAUUCAACAAAACUCCAUAUUUAUGUGUAAUACUAGAAACAUUGUCCAAAAUAAGUGCUGUUGUCAGAACCGCGAAUCAAACACAAAGACUGAAGUUUGUCAAGAACAAACACCAAAAUGUUACGUUACAGAAAAGAAUAUUGAAUUGACUUAUGAUUACCCUAGAACGACACCCAUUCCAAGCAGCCCUAGCCAAAAAUCGUCAGAUGAGAUAAAAACGACCACCACAGAGGUUGCAAGCACAGUUGUUUUUGUCGAAAAAAAGAUGCCAGUAAAGCCGAAGAAAUUUGAUUUCUUUUUUAGAUCGCGUUCUGCACCAGUUGGAGAAAAUGAAGAACCUAUAUAUGCAACAGUAAAUAAAUUACCAAAGAAGCUGAGAAGAAUGGAACUGGCAAAUCUUGAAAAGGAAGUGGCAUAUAAGACAAGUGAAGUAGAAUCUUCUACACGAACUGAGGUUACUUUAAAAACUGAUACAGAAUCACAACCACCACCUCCAGAUGACGAUACGAGUCGAUCAGAACGAGAAAAGUCAACGGUGCCGCAAAGACCAGAAUCACCGAAGGCAAAAAAACGAAAGAGAUUUUCAUUGACAUUCAAAAAACGAGAAAGAAAAAGACGAGAGAAGAAAGCAGAAGUUAAAAACGGUGUAAAAAAUGGUGUACCGGUUCAAGUAGAGAGUGAUAAUGAAAGGCUGAUUGAGGAACAGGAUCCUAAGCACAAGCACUGCUCAAGGCAUCGGCCGAUGCCACGUAGCGCCAUGUCGUCUUCGAACUAUAGCCCGCGUUAUAAGCGGGAUAGUUAUCAGGAGAUGACAACAUCACACUCAGAGCACGAACGCACGAACAGUAUGUGCUCAUCUGUGAAUUCCCUAGGAUCAGCCUGCACCCACAAGUCUAGAAAGUUAUCCGUUGCUCCUCAAGACGGCUCCAUACCCUGGUGUGGCUGUUGGGGAGCCGGUUGUGUUUAACCUUGAACUGUGAACCAAGAUACAUGAAUAAAGUGAUGUGUGAAAGUGAAAAUGAACAAAACAGUAGCUGUGUUUUGUACAAGAACACAAACAUACUAACUUUAAAAUACGAUGAAUAGACUUCAAUAUAAUUCUAAAUAGACAACAGUUUUGUAUUUUAACAAAAAAUGUAAUAGAUUUUCGUUUUAAAUGUAUUUGAAAAGUUCACAUUCAGUCUAACACGGCUGAAAGGUUUGUGCCCUGAAAAGAAAGUAAUUUUUUUUUUUUAUUACACAGUAAAUAAAUAAUAAAUGCCUCACACUCAACGGCCCACACUAGGAUUAUCUACUGUGGGUUCGGAAACACACAAUACACAAGCACAAACGCCCAGACCAAUGCAACCAUUUGUAUGGCCAAUACAAAUUUUUGCGAUAUGCGGGGAUUGAACCCGCAAUCCAGCAACAGCCAUAAACCAGAGCUAUGACCGUAUGUGAAAUUGACGACGCGCCAACGCAUCGUCAAUUUAUAAUAAAAUCUAUCAUGUCAUAUACGUUAAUGUGCCACAUGUCAAUUUAUAACAAAUAUAUAAAUAGUUUUCAAUGAUGUAAAUAUGAAAGGUCUGUAAAAAACCUAUAUUAGAGAUUUUUAAAAAAGUCAAUGUAACAAAAUGUUGCUCUCAUAUUUUGUGUAUCUUUUUUUGAUAGCAACACUUACAAUGUACAUAUACCAUAAUCAUGAUUGUUAAUCUCUAUAGACAUCUUACACGAUGUAUGUGUAGUGUAAAUACUGUUGUGACUGUACAUUAGCGAGCUAUAAAUUAAAUUAUUCUAAUACCAUA